UAGAGAACUAGUUGUGGAAAAUCUUACUGGUGCAAUGGCGCGCAUCUCGCGGCGGCGUCUGGUCGCGUUUGUUACGUGCGCCGUGUUGCAGUAAGCUAAACGGAUGUGUCGCGUGGCCCCUUUGCCGAAGGUGGUGGAGACGCGGUAUCAACGUUAAAAACGAGAUCAGGAGGGCACCGACAAACGGUCAUCGAACGUUUACGAGAAAAAACAAUUUAAAAAAAAAUUAAAAAAAAAAAAAAAACACUCCGACCAACGCCGGGGGAACGAACAUUAUACAAGAACGCGAUAAACAUUCGAACGGCUUUCUUUAGUCCAACGACAGAAAGUGUUUCAACUGAGUGCUUGCAGAGAUUUUUAAAGUUGGAACAGACCGGACAUCUUUGGAACGAUUUGGAUACGCGUUCUUGUAACGUUCUUGUAUUGUAAUAUCGCGUGUAUUCUUGAUAACGAAUUAUCUAAAUUAAGAAGUUUGAAUCAUCAUGGAUGAGUCGGGGAUUGAUAUGGGAUACGAUCUGGCAGCUCUUGGUAACGAGGAUUUCGAACUUGAGUACAACAAUGAUUUCGAACAAGCUUUGUCGAUGCUCUCCUCGUCUCAGGAUUUCAUGUAUUACGAACUCAAGAGUCGAGCACCGGACACUGGCAGCCCUCCAACGUUUAAAACUGCCACACCAACUUCUCGGACACAGCUCAGGUUACAGCUGAUGAGGGAACAGCUGCAGGAACAAGAGAGACGGGAGGCGGAACAUCAGCAAAGAUUUUCCAGGCCGGUAGCAGCAGCUCCGAGACCCGUUCCGCCGACCCCGCUUUCAACCAUCGGCGUUGACGUGCCUCCGCAAGUGUUGCAGGUACGGACGUUGCUUGAGAACCCGACACGCUACCACGUCGUCCAGAAGCAGAAGAACCAAGUCCGGCAGUUCCUCCACGAGUCUUUCAGGGGCGGCGAUUCCGACGCAUCCGAAAUACCGACGAGCCAGGGCAGCGAGGGCGGUGGGUGCGUCACACCCCUCGACACGGGGCCCCCUCCUCAGCAUGCCGUCGCCCCCAUAGCCGCCCCCAUGGUGCACAGCGCCCCCCCUCACAACCCGCCGAAGCCACAGCAUCCCCAUAUCGCCUCCUACCCCAGAGGACCCGCUCUCCUCCCUCAGGGGCACGCCGAUGCCGUUAGUCCCGAUAUCGGCACUGGCGCCAUGUCACCCGGACUUUCGAGCGUCGCUACGAGCAACUCGGAGGCGGAGGAUUUGCUGGACGAUAUUCUCUCCUUUGAGACCGGCUCUUUAGGUGAUGGACUAAAAGACAGCCAAUCUGGAAGUUUGUCAAGCUUACCAGAUCUUCAAAUAAAACCAGAACCGCUUCUUCUUACAGACGCUGAAAUCCAUGCCUUGGCCAAGGACAGACAGAAGAAAGACAACCACAAUAUGAUCGAGCGUCGGAGAAGAUUCAACAUCAACGAUAGGAUAAAAGAGCUUGGAACACUGUUGCCAAAAACUAACGAUCCGUACUACGAAAUCGUCCGAGACGUCAGACCGAACAAAGGUACGAUAUUAAAAUCGUCGGUGGAAUACAUAAAGUUAUUGAAGAACGAGUUGACGAGGAUGAAGCAGAGCGAGGUGAGGCAUAAACAGCUCGAAAAUCAAAAUAGGAGGCUGUUGCUACGCGUUCAGGAAUUGGAACUUCAGGCAAAGUCCCACGGGCUUCCUGUAUCGGAGUUUAACUGGCCCUCAACUUCGGCCACCGUGCUCAACACAUACCUCAAAAACAAACCCGAGCAACGGAAGGUACGCAUAUCGAUUCCAGAUGUGGUUGGGGAAACAUCGACGCUAAGCAUUUCCCAGCUCGAGGAUUUGAUGGAGGAUGACACCGGCGGUCCCGUCCACGGCGGUGAUCCGAUGCUAUCUUCGCCGCAUCUGCCUCCCCUGAGUCCGCCGGCAUCGGCAUGCCAUCAUCCCCUGCCGGACGAAGACACCCUCGGCAGUCUCGCCCCGACAACGUCGAACUCGUCGACGGACAUGGACAUCGUCGCGUAGCCAGCGAAUUUUUUUUUUUGAAAAUUUCGAACAACCACGUUUACAAAAAAAAAAAAAAAAUGCUGCCUGUGGAAACGCGAAACGACAGAUGAAAGAGCAACGAAACAAAGAAAAACCAGUCAGGGUUCGAAGAUGAUCAAGAACUAAUACUUAGGUACUCUAAGCGCGGGAUGAGAAGAAGUGAGUCUGCGCGUUUAUGUACCGCGUCUUUCGAAAAUGCAAUCGUAAAUUAUAUCCCAGUGCGGUUUUCCUCCGUGUCUCUCUCCAACUCUCUCUCUCUCUCUCGUUCUCUCGCUCUCUGUUUUACUUUGACGGAUUCCGGUAUGAAACUGGUGAACUCUCGAAACCGAAUAGAAAGAGAGAGAGAGGGAGAGAGAGAUAGAGAGAGAGAGAGAGAGGCGGGGGUCAACCAUCGAUUUAUAUGCAAGUUAUACACGCCCGAAGAAUACGUCGGGAUGACGUCUGACCCUCUGCCCUUUCGGAAAGUGUAGACGUGAUACUGGGACUCGCGAGACCAACUUCCGAAGGAAGAGGCCGCGAAGUUCCGCCCCUCCAAAAAGUUCUCUUGAAAAGAAAAUGGAAUGGCUCUAAGCGAGGUAAGAUUGGGUUAGGGAAAGAGGAGGUCGUGCCUCCCCCCUCCGCCCAUACCUGGAGAUCAUGAACUUUUUCGAUGCCGAAUCGCACGGUACGGUUACAACCUUAAGGCGGAAUUACGUACAUGUGUGCGUCUGUGUGUGUAUAUAUAUAUAUAGAGAGAGAGAGAAAGAAAGAGUGGAUUUCUAACUACCGCAUGGUCCGUCGUCUGCUAAAAUUUAACGCGCACGCGCCACGAUCCGAAAGCAACUGUGUGCCGGGACGAUCAACUGUGACUAACCUAAAAAAAUUCUUUGAACUGAGCACAGCUGCCGUCGACAAGAGUGAAAAAUUUUUAAGGUUACACGCAUCACGGUAAAGUCUCAUCUGAAUUCAUGACGGUUUGUCAUCGUGGAAAACAGCCGCACUCGGAUUGUAACACGUGCGCAUUAAAUUUUAACAGACGGCGGACCAUGCAGUCGUUAGGAAUUCACUCUGUAUAUCAUACAUAUUAUAUGUAUAAACAAGGACGAUGCGAUGCGCGUCAAUUAUAUUUAUUUAUUAUCUUCCUCGCGGUUAUAAGGCCGACGCUUACCGAUGGUUAUUUUGAAAAACUUUCAACUUCAGAGCUCUCAACGAAUGUCAGUGACAAUUUUUAGAAAUUUUGUCGUACGAAAAUCAUUCUGCAGCUCCUUUGCCGGUCUUGUAACGAGGCUUGAAAGUUACCGAAUCCUUUAAUACGCCCACCAGUGCGUGUAUGACGUUAAUUAUGUUAUAUCGAUUCUGAGCUUCUUUGACGUUUUGCACAAUUUAGGCAAUAUCGGGAUUAUAUACUCGCCAAAUCUUAAUUGUUUCGCUCAAAGUAUUAUACGACGUUCACAGUUUCUUUCUUUCUUUCUUCUUUUUCCUUCCUCGUGUUUUCUUUUUUCUUUAUCUCCCUUUUUCAAACGGCAUUUCUCUUCAAUACUUAAUCGUAAUUGCCCACGCUCAUCUGCGUGCCUUUCAUUUCGUCUCCAGCAAUCGCUAUGCGCAAAUAUUUUAUAAUACGUAUAUAGUAGUGCCUUUAUUUAUUAAUACAAGAGAUACAUUUUAUACGUACGUAGAGUAUGAUGGUUAAAGAUCGUCACUUUGAUCAAUAUUGAAACUGAUUUUCUCGCCAGACGCGAGCUGGGAAGCGAAAAGGCAAAGAAAUCGAAACGAAACGAAGUUAAACUUGGAAGAAAACAAACGAGGUGUUACCAUAAUUGUCUUAGAUAAUUACUUUUAUUAUCGUCGUCGUUAUUUUUAUGGGUAUGAUUAUUAUUGUUAUCAUCAUCAUCAUCAUCAUCAUCAUCAUUAUUAUUAUUAUUAUUAUUAUUAUUAUUACUUUACCGAAGGCUGAUGACGCUAGAUUAUAAAAUUGAGAUGUGCUUGCUUUUCAUAGAAAUUUGAUGAACUAUCUAGACGUAAUUUUUUUUUUUUUUUUUUUUAUCAAGUGCGUAUUGUUUCACGCUUCUGUGUUUCUCUGCUCUGUAUCGUAGGAACGCUCGGGCGUGGUCAGAGAAAUCAGAGAACGGGAGAAAAUGAAUCACGGGAUAAUUUGGAGGCGAUCAACAAGUUUUGUCAAAUUUUGAGUUUUUCAUGGUUCUUUUUUUUUUUGAUCAAAAAUAUUUUAAAAUUAACCGUUCUUCGCUUUAUUGAUUUUUACGAUACUUAACGAGACAACGUCGACAUCGAUGAUACCUUUAUCGAAAUCUUGCGAACGUAGUCUUUAGACGCAUAAUCCGUUAAAGUUUCAACGAGUUUCAAGUACAUCGUGCAAGGGUGAGUGUCUGUGUGUGUGUGUGUGUGUGCGUGUGUGUAUGUGUGUCUGUCUACGCGCGAGCUUAUGACUUUCAAUUAUUUUGCUAAAGUUUUUGCGAAAGCUGGAGAUUGAGAUCAAUGGAGUUUUGGCAGUAGCGAUGUACACACCUAUCACCGUUAGAAAGAUUUUUAACUGAACGUAAUGUACAAGCAGGUUCACUUUGUGUUUGAAUUAUUCUUUUUACAUUUAUCGCACAGUAAGUAUGACACGAAUUAUUGUAAUUUUAACACUUCAUUUGUACUUUAUACUUUUUUUUCCCCCUUGCUCAGUGAUACAUUAAAAAAUGGUUGAGUUGAACAAAAAAAUUUUGGUCGACCUGCUGGACCUAUUUGUUCGUUUAUAUUCCCUUAAUUUAUAGCUUAGUUAGUCGGGAGUUUUGAAUGAAAAGUUUUUCUCGCGACCGCUUAAUCGCGAUCUUCUGUAAAAUCUAACCGUCGCAAGAGAAGAAUCGACCCUCGGGAUAAGGUUCAGACUUCGAUUCUACAGUAUUGUUAAAAAAUUCGUACGGUCUUUUAUACUUUCACCAUCGUUUCUCUUCAAUCGCAUUAUCGUUGCGUUUGUUGUACCUGUGAUUGCAAAAAAUAGAAGCCCGCCAUUACGAGCGGUUGAAACCCAAUGAAAGCCGAUUGUGAAAUUGGUUAAGUGGAUGAUGUUUCUUUCGUUUCUUUUCGCCAAGUUUCGCUCUACAGCCUCGGCAAAGACGUUGAUGUAGACAUACGCGGAUCUCUUUAGUAGUCGGUGAAGCAGUCCGUGAUAAAUAGAUUUAUUACAACCUAUUUCGGCUACGCGUCAACAGCAAUGGCCGUGGGUUGCACAUAUAUAUACAUAUAGUUGUCAGUUUUCUCUUUUUAAUAAAACAUUCACGUAUCGCACACACGUAUGUUCAUUUAUACCAAUCCGUCUAUCCGCCUACCCCGUACAUGCUUGUCUCCGUUUAGAGACACAGAGACACCGUUGCAUAUCUGUAGUAAUAAAUUAAUAAGGCACACGCAUUCGCCGCUUGCUGUUUCCCCUCUCAUUUGCCGACACCCAUCGUUAUGCCUUUCCCCCCACCCCGUAAUAAUUCGUUCGCGUCGGGCAUGUUUGCACAGGUAGCUGCAACAUUACUCGGUCGUCGACCCUCCCUCUCGCACACCCCUCUCGCACACGCGUGUUUAUUAUACAAUUUUUAAAAGCAACCUUUUAGCGAGUGCUUCGUUAUAUUUUUUCCCCUAUUUUUUUUUUUUUUUUUUCAAUUUAUUUAUUUUAUUUUUUUUUUUUUUUGCCUUUUUCUCUACCCCGGCUUCUUUUUGCAAGUCCAAACUUGGGGGGAUUAUGUUUCCUUACACGUUUUUUUUUUCUACCCCUUUUUCAUUUAUACGUUGAACAUAUUCGCCCGCGGUCGCGCCUCUAUACCGUGAAAAUAUUGAAAUUUUAUAACACGGAAAUAAUUAAAAACACGGAAAAUCAGUAAUCGGAUUGAUAAUGGCGUUUUCCUUUCUUUCAUUGAAGAGUGAAACGUGGCACGCGAUACACAGACGUGUUUACCAAUAAAUUUCACCGGCUGAAUUCCCAGCUAUCAGGCUUACGUAGGAGGUCGUAUUGCUACUCAACUACUCUUGCCGUCGUUGCGUUUCCCGCGACACAGCGAAUUAUGAUUUACGAAUUACGAUGAUUAGCGUACAGUCGAAAUAAAAUCGCAAGCGCGCUGCGCACGCGCGGCCAUUUUGAUAUUUCAUCCGCGCCUCACACUUCACGCCAGACCAUUCAUACAUUCUUUUCGAGAAUCGAUCUCUCUCGUCAAGCAUAUUCUUACACUUUCGACGGACUAUCGAUCGUAUUAUUGUUAGGUUUAAUCGUCAAUAGGCUGACGCUAAAUAAAUAUGUGUAAACGUGAGGGGUGAUUUUUUUCAAUUAUACCUCUCGCGUAUAAAUAAAGAAGAAAGAUGCAAAGAAACUUAUUGUUUCGAAGAAUGUUAACGUUACUUGCGGUAUCUUGUACAUAAAUGUAAACGUAUAUUCAAACAGUUGUAAAAAUGCGAGUGAAUAGUAGAAACGUGUAAAUAGUAUGUAUAUAUGUAUAUACACACGUAUAUAUAUAUAUAUAUAUAUAUAGCUGCAUGUAUGCCGUGCACGUUGAAAUAUAGUAGAGACGUAUUUUUUGAAAAUUUUUACUCCAGUGCCGCGACCUGCAAUUAUAUCCUUAGUCAGGUAUAUACGUGCAGCGUAUGUAUAUAGCUCAAUUAUUCUCGUUAUUUUUACGGUUGUACUUCGCUCUGCGACCUGCACGGUUGUGUGUACGUUAUAUACACGCAUACACGCAUACACAUACGUUGUCACACCGAGCGCACGUGCCUACAUUAUAUACAUAUGUAAAUAGUAUCGUAGCAAAUUAUUAUUUUAAAUUGUACACGACCAAGGUGUAUGCGUGUAUAUUAUAUACAUACAUAUAUGUAUACCCGUACGCGUAACACACUCGCGAAUGCGAGGAGGAAAUACGGGCACUCGUGUGUAGUGCGGAAUUAUAUUUGGAAGAAAAGAUUAAAUAAAAGAAAUU